UGCAGGAUUCAGCCCGGCCUGGCACGCUCGUGUCGUCCCACGUGAAGCCAUCCAAUGGUGAUAUUCUUCGAGAGGGGUGUGGAGGUUUGGGUCCUUGACGCCCACUUUGAAGUUCGUUCCGAUGCGCCCCUAGGUCGGAACGCGCCCGGUCCCAGCUAUGACCGAACGAAAGAGUUCUGAAUCUACUCACCGCCCCAGCGUGAAGCGCGGUACGAGACUCAUCUCGAGAUCUACGAAGAACUCCACGAACAACGUCGUCACUCCACCGAAAGCCGCCGUAGCUGCUCCCAAUGCGAGGAAAGACGAAGUACAUCGACGCCGAUACCCCUUCAAUGAUAUGCUGAAGCGCAAAAGUGAAGGUGCGGUAGAUCUCGAGAGAGACACUGCACCUUCAGGGCCUAGCAAUGAGCUUUCAAGCAAGUCGGACAUGGCGUCAUCAGGCGAUGAUGCCGUAGACACGCGCAUGGCACACAGAAUCGCGGAUCUGGAACGAGCUCUGGCGAUUGCAAAAGAGGAACAGCAUCUGGCUAGAGAGGAGCUGUCGAAAGUGAGACAAUACCGAGCAGGAGAUCAACAUGCGAUGGAGGAGCUGAGGGCGCGACUCGCUCAGUCGGGCUCGAAUACGGAUAGAGUCCCAUCUGCUGGAUCGCAUGACCACCGGAGGGAGAUUGAGGCGCCGGGAACCGCGGCACAAGGCGAUGGAGGGAUACUACGUCAAAAUUCCGAGUUGCGUUACCGACUGACACAGCUUGAAGAGCGGCUCGAGUCGCAUGGUAGAUCGCACCAACAAAACCCCGAGCGACCGCAGUUGAAGCAGGAGGCGGGCGACCUCCGACUGCGCCUCCACGCCGCCGAGAAGGAAUCACAGGAGAGGCUCCAGCAACUUCUCGCACUCAAGUCAAGUAUAUCAUUGCUCACGCGCAUCGACUCUCAGAUAACAGAUAGCGAGCUCGCAGAAUCAUUCUCGCAGCUUGCGAACCGCGUGCGUGAAUGGACUGUGUCGAACUUCAGACGAUCAAGAUUGACUCUCGAUAAUCUUCCGAAGGAGACGGAGGAAGUUCUCAGCGCGUUGAACCCGCUGUAUAGUGUCAAUAUUCGGAGUACGGACAAGCUUGCCUUGUAUCAGGCUAUCGUGUCGAAUUCGAUUAUGCGUAUCUUCGAUGCUCCUAUUGUGUUUGGGCUACCUAGUACAGGGCCGUUUGGGACGCUGCGGCCGUUCGUCGAGCACACACGGCAUCUUGGUACCACAUAUCGGGAAUGGGUGCGCGCUACAGUGCAAGUACUUGAACGCAGCGAAGCCAGCAGCGACAUAGAAAUCGAAAGACAAGCCUCAUUACACCGACUCACCGGCGAGAUCAGCCACACACUCUUCACCCUCACAUCCGUGAGCCUUCCACCAUCCGCUCAGUCAACACUCACCGGGAUACUGAAAGACGCCGUGACCUUGCAGCGUACACUGGCUCUGCAAAAGGCUCGUUACCAGCUGCUCUUCUUUCGCUGCCAAGAUGCUAGUAUGCAGUUCGACGACCGCACGAUGGAAGCUGUCAAUGACAUUGAUCCUGCUGUGGAAGAUGGUGCUGACAUGGAUGUGGAUCGGAGAUUUCUGUUCUGCGCAUUCCCAGGUCUGGUCAAGUGGGGUGAUGAGUGGGGAGAGCAUGCUGAGACGAGUAAUGUCUUGUUGAAAGCUAGGGUGUGCUCUGGUGUGAGCUGAGAUGAGAACGUGGUUGGGGUUAC